CAGCACGCCUCCCCCGGACGUACGAUGCAGCUCUGCGCCGAGUCCAUGUUGUGUGGCACAUCUGCAUUGCUCACUGGCUCCACGUCCCCUUCUGCUCAGGAAGGAACUGCAGAUGCAGGUUUAAACCGAAGAUAGACACAAAAAGCUGGAGUAACUCGGCGGGACAGGCAGCGUCUCUGGAGAGAGGGAAUCGGUGACGUUUCGGUCGAGACCCUUCUUCAGACUGUCAGUAAAGCUGCUUUGCAGUGUACUUGGCUGAGUAAGCAGACAGGCAGCCUGCUGGAGGGUGUACAAGAUUGACCCAGGACAAAUCUUCCCAAUCGUCCUCUAAUGUCUUGCUUUGUGUGACCGUUCAAAAGGAAUCAUGAUGCACCAUGCCUAUAGUAGACAAAUUGAAAGAAGCUCUAAAGCCUGGACGGAAAGAUUCGGUUGACGAAGGUGACCUCAACAAGUUGCUGGCGGCUUCAGCAAAGAAGGUCCUUCUUCAGAAAAUUGAAUUUGAGCCUGCCAGCAAGAGCUUCUCCUAUCAGCUUGAAUCACUGAAGAGUAAAUAUGUCAUUUUGAACCCUAAAUCCGAAGGAGCUGCUGGUGAGCAAAAUGUCUGUUCCACCCCAACGAAAAAAUACGUUUACGAAACGAGUGGCAUUCAUCACGAUGGCAUCCCGGCACCUCAGAAGGUUUUAUUUCCUAUGGAAAGACUGUCCAUGAAAUGGGUGCGUGUGUACAGAGUCGGAGCUGGACUGCACAACCUCGGGAAUACCUGUUUCUUAAACUCCACUAUACAAUGCUUGACUUAUACACCACCACUGGCCAAUUACCUCCUCUCGAAAGAGCACAGCAAGACAUGUACGCAGGCUGGAUUUUGUAUGAUUUGCAUCAUGCAGAAUCACCUGAUACAAGCCUUUGCCAAUAGUGGAAAUGCUAUCAAGCCGCUAUCAUUUAUUCGUGAAUUAAAAAAAAUAGCAAGACAUUUUCGAUUUGGGAACCAGGAAGAUGCUCAUGAAUUUUUAAGAUACACCAUUGAUGCAAUGCAGAAGGCCUGUCUCAACAGUUGCACCAAGCUGGAUCGACAAACACAGGCUACUUCAUUAGUCCACCAGAUCUUUGGAGGAUAUCUUAGGUCGCGAGUUAAGUGUUCCUCCUGCAAGAGUGUAUCAGAUACGUAUGAUCCUUAUUUGGAUAUUGCUCUCGAAAUAAGGCAAGCACCGAACAUUGUCAGAGCUCUUGAAGUCUUUGUGAAAUCUGAUUCUCUCAGCGGGGAGAACGCCUACAUGUGUGCAAAGUGCAAGAAGAAGGUACAAGCUACCAAACGCUUUUCCAUUCACAGAGCGUCAAAUGUUCUGACUCUUUCUUUGAAGCGAUUUGCAAACUUCAGUGGUGGUAAAAUCACAAAGGACAUUGGCUACCCUGAACAUCUGAAUAUUCGUCCAUAUAUGUCCCAGACUAAUGGUGAGCCUGUCAAUUAUGGGCUGUAUGCAGUGCUGGUACAUUCUGGAUACAGUUGCCAUGCUGGACACUACUACUGUUAUGUCAAGGCCAGCAAUGGGCAGUGGUAUCAGAUGAAUGACUCGAUGGUUCAUUGUAGCAACAUCAAGGUGGUGCUGAACCAACAGGCCUAUGUACUUUUCUAUCUGAGGAUGCUGAACUCCAAGAGUAGCGUGGAUGAGGUGUCGAAGCUGAAUUCUUCUCAGCCAAGCAUCAGAACCAGCAAUGGCACAUCCAUGCCAAAGAAACCAGUACAGAAUGGAUAUUUUGGCUCUCCUCAGAUAUCAAAGAAACCAGAGUCUCAGCACGCAAAACUGCAAGCUUCUGGGAACAUUGGUGUGCCAGUGCCAAGAUCCACUAUGAACCAGUCACCUAGGCUUCCAGGGAAACCAUCAAACCCACAGACUUUCUUCGACGAAUCAUUGAAGAAGCUUAAGAAAUCUUUACCUCAGCUGCAACCAAAAUCUUCUCAGGGCCAGUCAGCUAAUGGUUCAAGUGGCAGCAGACCGCCUUUGGUGGAAAGUAAAAAGGUAUCUGCACCAGAAAGCAAGGAACUACCUACAUCUACCUCAUUGAAGUCAUUGGUGGCAACUGGUGGAGCUGAGCAGAAAGGAAAAGAAAGCGGCCAGAAUCAUCAGAAGGGGAACUGCAGCCCGAAAUGUGCUGUGAAUGGGAGUAAUACCACGAAGAAUAAUCAACAGUCUGAGCCAGAAGAGUCCGAUCCCGAAUCUCAGGCACAUAGCUCGGGUAAUGAGAGGACUGAGAGCAGUGCUGAGGAGCAGGGAGUGUCCAAAAUAAAGCCCCAGCUACUUGCGGAAGAGCAAUCCAGUACCAUGUCACCACCGCCAGCAAAGAGGCUCGCACUUUCAGCCAAAAAGGCCACCUACAGCUGGAAGGUGACAGAAAAUGAGCCGUGCUCCCCAUCACUCUCAUCAGCCCACAAAGCAAAAUUAAUGAAUAAAGGCCACCCAUUUCCUUCUGCAAACAAAACUAGGAUUCUCCCACCUCCUCCAAAAAUGCAGAUUUCCCAACUAACAGGAUUUUGUUCUUCAUCUAAAAUCGCCAAGAAGUCACGUAGUUCUAGUUACUCUGAGUCGCAGCGACACUCAUCAGAAGCCAUGGAAGCGACUGGGCUGCCUUGUUGCCCUCCAGUUGAUGGCAGUGCUACCUCAUUGGAAAAGAAUACUUUACCCAGUAAAAGUAUUGGUAAAAUGUGUAAUUCCAAGACUGAAUUGGCAAAUAUGCCACACAGAUUUAGCAUUGCCUGCUCCAUGGACUCGCAUACCAGUAGUAAACGUAAAAAGAAAAAACACAAAUCCACUCUGAAAAGGGAUGCAAUUUCUUUUGAUUCUGAAUCAUCAAUCCGGACACUCUGUGAUGAAGCUGCCAAGACUCACAGCAAACAUAAAAGCAAGGAAAAGGGAUGCAGGACAACGGAGAAUGGUGAUGCUUGUGACCAAUUGCACGAAGAGUCCAUCAGGAACGACAGUUCGGAAGGACCGACCCCAAUGAAAGCUAAGAAAAAAAGGAAGAAGCAUAAAAGGAGUGCAGAAGUAUCUGAAGAAAACCACGUGGCUGAGACUGCUGCAGAACCUUAUUCAACAUGGGAUGAACCACAGGAUGAAAAGGAACUGGAAAUGCCUGAAGAAAUUGAACGGCGAAAGAAGAAACGGAAAGUGGAAGAUAGCAAGGAAAGUGAGACAAAAUGCAGGAAACGAAAGAGAAGCAGGAGUAUAGAUGAAUGUUCAGAACCUGCAGUAGAUCAACAGAUUAUAAUCAAAAGUGGAAGUAAACAAGUUCCAGUUAUUUUAUGGGACAGCCAGGUCAAAGAUGGCUAUAAAUUCUCUCAGAAUUGCUUUGGUGACGAUCAACCCACCCAGGCUACAGUCCCCAUUACAGGCGUGGCCUGUGAUGAGAAGAGAGGAUCCACCGUUAUUGGGAAGCUCUUGAAACAUUCAAGCAACAAAGCGUACGGCACUGAAGUGCUGACGUGGGGAGGGACAACAUCAGCGGUCAGUGAAGAUGCUGUAAAUGAUGCAGAGUAUGCAAGAGAAGAGUGUGUCGUUGAUGACUGGGAUGAAGAAUUUGACAUGGGAAAGAUUAAAAAAAUGAAGAAGUAUAAAAGAGAAAGGAGGAGAAGCUUUAAUAUUUUCCAGAAAAUGCAAAGCAGAAAGAAUUUUUGGUCUACCACUCACUCUGGAAAGUUUUCCAGAUUUUAAAAAGAAAACAGACAUCAGCUGGUGAAAGGCGUCUACAGAGAGGAGAAGCACAGCAAAAUGUUAGUGAUGUGCAGUGAUGUUAUGACUUUUGCAACAAUGCAAACAUUGACGCUGAAGCUAUUCGCGUUGGCAGCAAACCCAAGUAACAAUAAUUGAAAGGGAGAUUUGUUGCUGAUAUUAGACCCACAAAACUCGUGAACUAAGUAAGGGUCCGCAAUCAAGUGUGGAUUAAGUGUCUCCAAUAUUAUGAAGGUCAUCACGUCAAUAAGCAGCAAAAACUGGAUUCAGAAUUCCAUGAAAAUGCACUAUUUGUGUUGGGAAGCAGUUUCUGAUUCAUAUGGCAAAAUACAGAAUCGCAUUGCAACUCUAUCCAUUUUCUCUUGCCCUUUGGAUGAAAGAAAACUGAAGUCUUAUUGUAGCAACUAGUCGUGAUAUUCAGUGAAAACAUGUUUGCUGAUGGUCGUGCCAGGUAUUUUUUAUCAGUUGGUCAUUGCGAAAUGACACAAUCAGAUUCAUUUGAUGUGCAGCAAGGUUCUUUGUACAAGUUCUGCUCUUUUUCCUAAUUCUAUUAACUGGCAUUUUAUCAGUUACGUUAAUGAGUAAUUUUAUCCGCGACAUAGAACAUAAAUAUUGCCUUGCUAAACAGAUCAUUUGUAUGCGGCACAUUUUACAUUUCUAAAGGAUGAAUAUUUUUUUCCUAGUUGCACUAUUUCCUAAUUUUCUUUCAUUGGAAGGGAAAAAUAUAUCACUGCCUUUUCCUUGAGCAAAACACAUAGUGUUGGAGGAGCUUGCUUCAAACGUGUUGCGUUUUGCUCAACAGUCCAGCAUUUGCAGUUCACUGUGUCUCCAUUUUACUGACUUUUCCUUAGAUGCCAUCGACACUUGCUCUGUGCUCUCAUCCUUUCCCUAAGUGUCCCAGUUGACGUUUUAUUUCAGGAGUAGAUUAGCCUGCUUUUUAAAUUCUUUCACUACAAUUAAAACAUCAAUGUGGCAUGGCAAGUUGAAAACGAAGUGCCCAUAAAAUUGAAAGAGUUCAAUAAAGAUCUUUUAGAUCAACAGGGAAAGUGUUCUGGAGCAAAGUUGACAUUUGUGAUGAAAGUGCACAACAAUGUCGCCCCUUUGUCAUGUUUCUGAUUUCCAUUUGCACAAUAUUAGUAAACGAGGUCCCUUGUCUGCUGCUUAAAUUAUUUUAAGUUAUUUAUUCCAACAUGUUCACAUUGUGGGGUGGAUGGAAGGCAGGAGUGAGUGUUCUGAAUGUCAAGAUUAGUUGCUUAGAAACUCAACUUUCUCAGUGUGUUACUGUUUGGAAUCAUUCCCAAACUUUACUGUUUGGGAUCAUUCCCAAUUUUUUUAAUUUCACACUGUGUACUAGGAUAGUUCCAAUUUAAAUGUAUAUUUACUCCUAAAGGAGCAUAUUACUUUUUUUCCAUUGCAGUACUGCUGGGUACAGUAUCAGUACUCUACGAUGAAACUAGACAUUGAGGAAUAUCAAUACAUAUUAACUUUUACUGUAUAUGUUAAUCAAUGAUUUACCGAGAAGACACCAACUUGAUGCUUUAUUAAAAAAAAAGAAUUUGCCUUACUAUUGUCUGCUUCAGAUCUUCAGCUUCAAAAACAAGAUAUGCUCUUGUCUUUCAUUUGAACAAGAAAUUCCUGUAACUUACCACUGUAAGUAACUAGAUCCUUAGGUGCUUUAGAAUAUGGUAAUCUGUAUUUGAUUAAAACAGAAUAUUAAACAAAAGCUGAUGUUAAAUAUGUUAAUAUUAGAAAUGGUUGCAAUUUAAAUCGAACAACUUUCCUGUGGAAAAGUUCUUUUCUAAUAGCUGACUUAUCAAGAGUUUACAUUUUGUUUGUAAAAAAAAAAUGUUUUUUAACAGGCUACAAAUUUAAGUACUGGUCCAGUUUGUAUCUUCUUUAAAUUUUAUUGAAAGGAUUGAAUGAAAUGUUUGGGAAUUUGGGCCUUUGUUAAUGUUUGAGCAUUGUAUUGAAUUGAGUUCAAUGUAAUGUCAUGUAAAUUUACAUUAUUAACGGAAAUACAUUGGUUAAAUGGCUUUGUAAUGAGAACAUAAGAGGCUUUAAAACUUUGGUUUUACUCGUGUCAAGCUUGCUUAAUAUGUCGUAAUAUUUUCUGAGAUGCACCAUUCCAAUGUUUGGGAGGAAAACAAACUAUGUUACUUGUUGAAUGUAUUUUUUUAAGUUUGAUCCUGUAUUGUAUUCAUUCAUUUAAGGCCCAUUAAAUGAUGCCCCAUUGCAGAUAGAAUGACAAGAGAAACUUGGUGUGAAGCCUGGAAAAUGAACAACUUGCACAUCAAUGACAUUUGUUUGGGACAUUGUGUUCAGUACUGCAGUUUGUGAUUUUAAUAUGAAUACGCCACCAAGUAAAACUUCAGUAUAUCAGCAAAAA